CAACAAUGAAGUACCAAAUUGGAUGACACCAAAAUUAAAGAAAUGUUCACCCAUGUCAAAUGAAAAAAGUAUUGAAAUAGACAAUUUCAAUUAUACAAGUAAACCAAAUACACAAAAUAUAAAAGCACUAGAAAGAACAACUCCAGUGAUGAAAAAACCCCAGAAAGACCCCAAUGAUGAAGCACUAGAAUUAGGAAGUGGGAAAAAAGAAAACAAACAAAAUACAAAUACACCAGGAUGGACAGAUGACUUCAAAGGUGAAGAAGCACCAUAUAGAUGCGAAAUGGAUAACUUAAACAAUGAGAAUCAUGAAAAAAAA